AUCAUAAAAUCGUCGACUGUUAGUCCGUUCGUUCGUUCAGUUCACACCUGUCGUUGGACUUGUAGAGGCCACCGCACGAACGAGAUAUCGAGAGCUCUCACACAUAUCCCAGUGGAAAGUUUCGUUUGAACGAGAACGCUUGCUUAGUCUGCUCUUCGAGAUACUCCGGAACGCAUCCCAACGCAGCGUAGCGCAGCGUAGCGCAGCGUAGCGCAGCGCAACGUAAUGCAACGCAACGCUAACACUCUUCAGUUCUGUUUCUAUCGGUCGCGGACAUAUAUUUAUUAUUAUUUGCAUGACAAUUGCUCGAUGGCAUCAACAAUCCAAGAGAAACAUUAGUGAUAGGUGUAGCAAUUUGGAAUAUUUCUUAAACUUUUACAACCAAAGAUUGGACAUUUGUAACGAUGCAAGUAAUUAUUAACGCAACACGUGUCACUUGGUCAAUUAAAAAGAAAUCGAUCCUUUAUGAAAAUCCGAUUCGUACUUUGACCGUUUAUCCUAACGCUAAUGGCACAUAUUUUUCGACGCAAUGUUAAAUUUAUCCUAAACCAAUAAUAUAUAAGUAUAUGCGCGUGCAUACCUUAUUACAUAUUUAUCGUAAGUUAGGGAUUUAUAUGGGAUUUAUACGUACAAUACUUAUACAAUACUUUCUUUUUUCCUAUUUUUUCUUUCUUUAUUUAUACAGACACAAAUAGACUCGUUUAAAAUGUAACUCUGACUCGUAUCAGUACAAUAUCCAAAUAGGAAGUCCACGUAAAAGGGAACCGGAAAGAUACCGGACAACAUUAUUCGUACUGUAUCGUUCGCAUACGAAGGAGAAACGAGCAGGAUGUAAUAAGGAUAUCCGCAUUGAUCGAAAGCCUAGCAAGGUAGUCAUAGUUUUUCGAAUGUUUAAUAACACUUUCAUUAUGUCUAUGCACACGCAGGCGUGUAAUAAUAUGUCGUAAGCCACAUCUAGUAAGAAAAAUCAAUCGAUUUUCGAUCCUCUUAGACUUUUUUCGCGUAAUCUUUUUCCACGUAAUUCCAAAUUCAUAUCUUUGCAACCGAUGUUAUCGAAUGAUCGGAUGUAUUUCAAUUUUCAAUACAAAUUUCACAUUCGUUCUCAUAGAUUUGUUUGCUUGUAAGAAAUAAUAUUUGUAUUAAAUAAUUGAUUCGUUGGUCGGUUAUGAUGCAAGUACUUUCGAUAAGUUUAGCGUUAAAAUACGAAAUGAACGUAAUGGAAGUAUGAUGAAAUCUAUCUACAGAGAAGAUAUAUCUAUAGAAUACGAAAUUGAAUGGAACAGACAACUCGUUGGAAGGAGAAGCACGUAAUACGAAUUACAGAAGCGAGAAUGCUCAUGGAGAAAGUGUGACUUUCUGUGAGAUAGAAGGACACCGCGAUAAAAGUUCCUUCGGAAGUGAGCAAACUGAAGGAAAAAACUGCUGAGAGGAAGAUACUUUUUAAUCGAAGGACGUAAAUAUUAAUUUGGCAAACAAGUUGAAAAGAGGAAGAACAAAAUAAAGAAGUAAAAAUGUAAAUGAUGAAUAUGCGAAGGGUGUAAAGGAGUGUGUUAUCGUAGCAACACAUUGGCUAACAUAGGGGAACUUGAAAGCUUAGUUAAAAGGGCGCAACUAGUUUCUCGAGUGGCCCAUUUCUCUUAUCGCGAUAAACUCUGAAGAAUCGGUCCGGUGUGUCGGGAAAGAACUGGUGAGAGGACUGGUGAGAGGACUGGUGAGAGAACUGGAGUGAAUCAGUAGCGUUGCGAUAUUUAAACGCAAUGAACGGAGAAAUCGCGACGCCGUCGUCGUCGUCGUCGCCGGCGUCGGCGUCGGCGUCGGCGUCGACGUGGUCGUCAUCAUUGUCAUCAUCGUCAUCAUUGUCAUCAUCGUCGUCAUCGUCAUCUUUACCCUCCUCUACCAUAAUCUUCUCUUUAUCCUUCUCCUUCUCUCGCUUUAUUUCCUCCAUCUCCACUUUAACUACCACUACCAGCACUUGACUAUUAUCAUCGUCUUCCGGCUGAUCGCAAGAACAUCUACGAGGAAUAAUAAAAUGGACGUAGAGCUGGUCACCCGAGCAUCCUUGACCUCCCUUCAGAACGUCGACGAUGGUCGUGUCGUUUCACCUAACAGCCUCGACGAGUGGACUUGGUCCAGUUUAAGAAAGCAAUUCAAAUACAAAAGCUUGGAAAAACUUUAUACCAUCUAUCAAAGAAGACUGCAAUAUGGUUACUUAUCCUUAUUCGUAUUGGUGGAAAUAAUUUUGGGAUUUAUCUAUUGUUUCGUGUUAAUCACGAUGGUAAACAUCGAAAAAUGCAUUCCAGACGUGAUAGUUCACAGUAUCAUAGGUGCAUUACUUUGCCCCACUAUAGCGCUAUCAUUCAGAUCAAAAAUCAUUGCGAGGAAUACGUAUUUGCCGGUUAUGCUCUCGUGUUUGGUAAUUACGCUGUUGGUGAUCGGUGAUCUGAUGGUACCACUUUAUUACACUCUUUUAUAUACCGAGGAUAUACCACCUAUACGACCAACGUAUGCAACGCACACGUUACUAGCAUGUUACGUCUUCCUACCACUGACAGAAAAUCUGCACGCAUUCGUGCUGGGGAUUACAGCGACGAUGUGCUACUUGGUCACUCUUUUGCUCAUCACUUAUAGGAAUACACCUGAUUACAUUAGCAAAAUAACCAUUGAUGCUAUUUAUUAUAUUUGCGUUAACGGCCUGGGUCUUUAUUUUAGAUUUAUGAAUGAGGUCGUAAUAAGACGAUCAUUCCUUGACCGUCGAAAAUGUGUCGAAACGACGUUGAAACUUAAUUAUGAGAAAGAUCAAGAGGAACAACUCACACGUAGCAUUCUUCCACAACACAUAGCCGCGAAAAUAAAAAAGGAAUUUCGGGAUAUUUUUAAAUUUAUGGAAGAACAUAAAAAGCCACCACCAAAAGGAAGACCACGAAAUGAUCUUUGCGUUGAAACGCACAAUAACGUAUCCAUUUUAUACGCCGACGUGGUCAAUUUUUCUGGUUUGACUCUCUCAUUACCAGUGCGGAAACUAGUCGAAACUCUGAACGACUUGUUUGGCAGUUUCGACGAAGCAUCCGAAAGGCAUAACGUACUGCGGAUUAAGUUUUUAGGCGAUUGCUAUUAUUGCGUGAGCGGUGUGCCCACGCCAAACUCGCAACAUGCCAAAAACUGCGUUGACUUAGGCCUGGAUAUGAUAAAAAUUAUCAAAGAAGUAAGAACCAGGGUUCGUCGUGAAAGUGGAGUGGACGUUAACAUGAGAAUCGGUGUUCACUCGGGAAAUAUAAUAUCCGGAAUUUUAGGCGCGAAUAAAUGGCAAUACGACGUAUGGUCGCGAGACGUUGUCAUAGCGAAUAAAAUGGAACAAACUGGGAAACCUGGAAAGGUUCAUGUUACUCAACAAACAUUAGAUCUCAUUGACGCUACCGAUUACGAUUGUGUACCGGUUGAAACGCUCAACGAUGAAGUUCUUAAUAAAUAUGGAAUUCGCAGUUAUUUAAUUACACCCGUUGCGCCAGAACCAUCAUUGAUGCAGAACAGCGAGAACACCUUGACGGUAAUUACACCGGAUACCUCGGCAUCAAGCUGUAAGCAUUACGUCAAGUUCUUAACACCGGCACGACCAAGUGUGUCAUCGAGUGCACGAAGACGAUUAACCUCACCGAGUAGCGAUCACGCAGAUGUCUUUGCCGGUAGUUACAGACGCAGAACUCACUUCAUGGAUUCUUGUUUGAGGGAUUACCACUUGAUGCUUAAAGCGGCAGACGCAGAAAUGGAAGAUGCAAUUAAGCAGAUGCCGCUUAGCAAAUGGGAGCAAUGGACCAGAUGGGAACAUAUUAAUCCAAUUUUCCUCAAUUACAAACAAUGGAAUUGGGAAAUACCGUUUUUACGCGAACCAGAUCCCUUGUUCAAAUUCUUUAUCGCGUGCGCUGUAUUUGUACUUUUUUUCAUGGGUCUUAUCUCUCUCGUACCAGCGAUCACGCUAUCAGAGUGGCAUACCGGCACGGCCAUAGGUUAUACGAUAGCUAUGUUAUUUCUAUUAAUAUUGAUACCUCUUACUUGGAUGCAUUUUGCGUGGAAUCGUUACAAAGAUCCACACGAUGAAGGAAACGUCCCAAAUCCUCGCAACAAAUUGAUAUCUUUCUUAUAUCAAACGAGCGUUAAGGUUGUUUGGAGUGCAUUGCUCAGGAUAAUUCUUUAUCUGGUAAUAACUAUAAUGUUAGCAGCAUGCGCUAUGUUCGAUAUGAUUUUCGAAUGUCAAAACGUGGACUUACUGUCGAGCGAUAAUGUAACAUCUAGUAUAGCACAAGUGGGUGCUGCUAAACUUGAGUGUAUUUCUACACCCUGGCAAAUGACGGAAACCUGCUCUUUGGCAAUCCUUACAAGUUUCCUCUUCUUGAGAGUGCAUUACGUUCUCAAGUUACUAAUAGGUAUCAUAGUAGUAACAUUUUAUGCAUGGAACGUUUGGGUAUACCGCAAUAAUAUAUUCCAGUCAGGUGAAACAUGGAAUCCAUAUUUGGAGCCAAGAGUGGCACACAUUUUAAGUGUUGUCUUUCUCACACUUUCGCUGCAUCUUAUCGAUCGUCAGGCAGAAUACUUGAGCAGAUUGGACUAUCAAUGGAAAAGACAAUUGACUUUGGAACAGGACGAAGCUUUCCAUACACGAAAUGCUAAUAAAUUAUUACUUCGAAAUAUUUUACCAGAACAUGUUGCGGACUUUUACUUAAAUAUGGAUAGAACAGAAGGAAAUGAACCGUAUCAUCGAGCACACCGUAAUGUUGCCGUAAUGUUUGCAUCCUUAACAGAUUUAUCGAUCGAUGAAAGUAACAUCCUGAUUGAUCUGAACGAUAUCAUAUGCAAAUUCGAUAAAUUGUUAUUCGAGCCGUAUUACGUUGGUCGUAUUGAGAAAAUCAAAAUCGCAGGAACAACAUAUAUGGCGGCUUGUGGUCUUGAAGCUAGUCGUCGUGAUUCUAUGCACAGUUUAGAAAGUGAAGAAAAUUCUAGCAACAAUGUAGUCAAAGUUAUGGCAGAAUUUGCAGCGCAGAUGAUGGUCGUCUUGGAUAGAAUCAAUGCUGAAUCUAAUUCUAAACCAUAUAGGUUGAGAAUUGGCAUAUCGCAUGGUGAAGUUUCAGCUGGUGUUGUCGGAGCUCAAAAACCUCUUUACGAUAUUUGGGGAGACGCCGUUAACAUGGCAUCAAGAAUGGAUACUACAGGAUUGCCAGGCAAAAUACAGGUAACUGCUGAAACUGCUAAUGUAUUAGAACAACAAGGUGUUAAAUGUCAUUUGCGCGGCGAAACAUGGGUUAAACCAAAGGGAUAUGUCACGACAUAUUUCGUUAGUAUAGAUGAAAGGAGGCAGCUUCAAAGAACAGAUUCCAUAGAAGAAACUAGUCUCUAACCAAUGAGUUAAAUGAAAUUAUUUGAUAGAAUUGAUUUAUAGUGAUUUUAAUAUUCACUUUAAUAUUUGGGUACUUGAAAAAUGAAAUAUCAAAAACGCACAAAAGAAUCAUAACAUACAGUGGGACAAACACCAAAGAAAGCUCAGGAAGAAUGAAACAUAGCACAAAUAAUUAAAGAAUAGAGAACUUGCUAUAUCAUUAUGUCCAAUCUCUACGAUUAUAUCAAAUGUGAUUGUUCAAUUCCUUAUCUCAUUCUUUAAGUGGAUUUAACAAUCUACCCCAAUUAUAGUUAUUCGAAAUGUUUAAACAAAUCCUAACAUAAAUAGUUUUACCCAUUAUUAUUAUUACUAUUUAAUUUUGUUUCUUUAUAUUUAUACAUAAUAUUGUACAGUUACGUAGCUUUUUGAAAGAUCAUAUAUCACAUCAAAAUAAGUAAUUAAUAAUUAACAAAAUGUAUAUUGAGAGAGAAUUAUCUCUUGAUCUACAAAUGGUAUUUUGAUGCUAAUUAUUUUUCUAAUCGUUAAUAUGAUACAUCUACUCUAUCACUGAAAUGAUUUGAAAAAUAAUUGAAAGAAAAGAAAAAAGGAACGAUUUAUCUAUUGUGUUAUCUAAAGAUAAGAUACUAUGUAAUUGUUGUUAAAG